AGAAAACUGAAUAUCAACACAGCCUCCCAGGUCAGAUGAUGCCGAAAGUGUAGGGAUUGUUGUAGACCGUGUAUCUUCAUAAAAGAUAGUUGAGGUAUGGCGUCUAUCCUCGAUCAAUAUGAGGAGGAAUCGGCUAGAGCAGCAUCGGUCCGCACCACUAUGCCACCUGUCCAGGAGCCAAUUGGACCUGGGUUUAUUGAUGCCAGAUUAGAUACAGAUGUGCCGAUUUUCAGUAAAAAGAAGGUCAACUUCAAACCUCCUGACCCAAUAACACACAUGGCAGUGUGUAAUAACUUCCUGGUGAUUUCUAUGACAAGUAAUAUACUACUACGCCUUGACCUUGAGCAUCCUGAAACUCCAGAUGAAGUCGAGCUGCCGAGAGCUGUUGAAGACAAGGUUUACAAAAUUUUCUUGGACCCUACUGGAAGACAUCUUAUCAUCAGUAUGGAAUCUACAGAAAACUAUUAUCUCUCCCGCAAUUCAAAAAAGCCUCGUCCAAUAGGAAAAUUGAAGGGCCAUCAUGUUCAUGCAGUUGGUUGGAACCUUCAGAAUGCCAACGACAACACAACAGGAGCCAUUCUCCUGGGCACUAGCAAGGGUCUGAUAUUUGAAACAGAAUUAACAGAUAAUGAAAACAGUCGGUUUUUCCAGGGAAGCCUUGACCAGUAUCUCAAACAGCUGAAAAUUCUGGCUCGCCCAGAGGAGCUGUUUAACCUGGGAAAAUCCAAAGCUGUGGCAAUCACAGGUCUGGAGUUUGACCGCAUGCCGUCGGAUGCCAUGACAGACUACAAAUACUUUAUCAUGGUCACCACUCCCGGUCGUCUUUACCAGUUUAUUGGAAGUGUUUCCAAGUCAUCGGAGCCACCGAUGUUCCAGCCUCUCUUCCAGCAGUAUGAAAACAAAACAGAACAGUUUCUGGAGCUGCCAGGAGACUUUGGAAACAGUGAAUUAAAGCUUUAUCUGCCACGAUUCCGAGCUGCUCCCAGGAACUUUGCCUGGAUGACUGGUCCAGGAGUGUAUUAUGGGGACAUAGAACUAACAGGGGCGGCCGGCCCUUCCACUGUUACCACUAACACCAAGCUGAUGCCCUACCCUCUUGACCAAGACGAAAGGGGCACUAACCCACAAGCUAUGGCCUUGACAGAAUUCCAUGUCCUACUGCUCUUCCCUGAUCGGAUCAAAGUCGUGUGUGUACUCAACGAGCUGCCCAUCUUUGAUGAUAUAUAUGCCGAUAGAUUGGGUCGUUUACUAGGACUGUGUAAAGACCCAAUAAAAGGUAGUUUAUGGACUUUCACAUCCCAGAGUGUCUUCAAGUACAAAAUUGUCCGUGAAGCAAGGGAUGUGUGGCAGAUGUAUCUAGACAUGGGCCAGUUUGACCUCGCCAAAGAUUAUUGUCGGGAUAACAUGGCCCAGAUGGAUCGCGUUCUGACCAAACAGGCUGAAUAUUUGUUUACGCAUGAGAGGUAUGAGGAAAGUGCCAUGAUGUAUGCACAAACACAGAAUUCCUUUGAGGAAAUUGCCCUCCGAUUCAUCAAGCUUGACAAAAAAGAUGCGCUCAAAUCAUUUAUCCUAGAAAAACUAGAGUCCUUGAAACCACAGGACAAAACACAGUUAACCAUGUUGGUGACAUGGCUGGUAGAGAUUUACCUGAACCAGCUUGGUGAACUGAAAGAGGCGGGCCGUGACCAAACUGCCGAAUAUGAGAGCUUACAGGAACAGUUUCGCAAGUUCCUCAACAAAGUGCGAGUCAAGGAGUGUGUGAGUAACAAUCGUGGUGUAGUAUAUGACCUAAUUGCCAGUCAUGGAGACGUGGAGGACAUGGUCUUUUUUGCCUUCCUUAUGCAAGAUUUUGAGAAAGUGAUCACACACUAUUUACAACAUGAUGAAUACAAGAAUGCCCUCAAAGUUCUCACAAAGCAUUGUUCAGGAGAUGUGGACCUUUUCUACAAGUUCUCUCCCCUGUUAAUGCAGAACAUCCCACAAGAGACAGUCACUGAUUGGAUCAAAUUGAAGAAAAACCUGGAACCCCUGCGCCUUAUCCCCGCUCUUGUACAGUACGAUCAUAACAGAUACAGACAGCAGGGUAAUGAGGCAAUACGCUACUUGGAGUUCUGUGUACAAGACAUGGAAAACAAAGAACAGGCUAUCCACAACUAUUUAUUGUCACUUUAUGCAAAGUUACAACCAGACAAACUAAUGACCUACCUACAGAUGCAGGGUACAGAUCCAGAAAGUAUCUGUUAUGACCUUAAAUAUGCCCUGCGUCUGUGUGCCGAGCAUAACCACAAGAAGGCAUGUGUUCACAUCUACUCCCUCAUGGGACUGUACGAAGAGGCAGUCGACCUUGCCUUGGCUGUGGAUGUUGACCUGGCCAAACAACAGGCAGACAAACCAGAUGAGGAUGAUUUGGAUCUCCGCAAAAAACUCUGGCUCAGAAUAGCCCGACAUGUUGUUGAGGAGGAGAAAGAUGUCAAGAGAGCGAUGGAGUUUCUCCAUGAUUGUGACCUUCUUAAGAUAGAAGACAUUUUACCAUUCUUUCCAGAUUUUGUCACUAUUGACCACUUUAAGGAUGCCAUUAUUACAUCCCUGAAAGAGUAUAACCAGCAUAUAGAAGCCCUCAAAGAAGAGAUGGAUGAGGCCACAGGAAGUGCCGAGGAGAUCAGGAAGGAAAUUCAAGGCUUCCGUAACAAGUUUGCAUUUGUGAAGUCAGUAGACAAAUGUGCUGCCUGCGGUUUCCCUCUAAUGACCCGUGGAUUCUACCUGUUUCCUUGUCAACAUAAAUUUCAUUCCGACUGCUUAAUAGGGGAGGUUGUGCCAAAUUUAUCAAGCAAAAAGCGUUCACGAGUUGAAGACUUACAGAGAAAGUUAGCUGAGCAUGAAGAUGUAGGAUCACAUAAUAUGUCUAGUCGUCAAGGUCAAGGCCCGAAUAUAAAAAUAAUGGAGAUCAAGUCUGAGCUUGACGACCUUGUGGCCUCUGAAUGUAUCUACUGUGGAGACUUAAUGGUGAGGUCUGUGGAGAAGCUAUUUAUUGAGGAAGAGGAAGAGGACUUGGUUAGCAAUGGAUGGUUAUGAAUUCGUCGAGUAAUUAUCACCUUGGCUGUGAACAGAUGAUUAUGAAUUCGUCGAGUAAUUAUCAUCUUGGCUGUGAACAGAUGGUUAUGAAUUUGUCGACUGUGAACAGAUGGUUAUAAAUUCGUCGACUGUGAACAAAUGGUUAAGAAUUUGUCAACUGUGAACUGAUGGUUAUGAAUUCGUCGACUGUGAACAGAUGGUUAUGAAUUUGUCGACUGUGAAAAGAUGGUUAUGAAUUUGUCGAUUGUGAACAGAUGGUUCUAGUUUUCUCUUGCCUGGCUAUGGAUGACUAAAAACCUGCCUAUUAACAUCUACAACCUUAACAUUUACCUUAGUUCUAAAUAGAUGACCAUACAUCAGUAAGACGCCUUUAAUCUAGUAACAAAUAGUAACAGACUAUUUCAUCCUCUGCCAGUCAUGGGUCUUUCCCACAGUGGCUGGCAAUGGAGCUUAACAACAUAGUUUAGUAACAGAUGACCUUUUCUUCAACCAGGGGUAGACAGAUACACGCAUGCUUGUAAACACCAGUUGACAAAAACCUCAGAUUUAUGGUUCCUCAUCUGUGGUUUUGUAUUAUAUAACCAGAUGUUUUGUUUUUUUUUCCCCAUUUGAUAACCUGGAAUUUAUUAUUGACUUUCAUGAGGACAUGACUUUGUGUGGAAAUGUUGAGUUGAUUGAAUAGUGCUAGAUGAAUACCAAAAUUAUGUUACAUAUGAUCUUCAAAGAAGCUUUGAUGACAACAUGUUUCUAAAAUGUCUUUGAGAGGUUUAAAACUCUUGGAAAAAGUUUGCCGGAUGUAGCACCAUUCCUUCCAAGACCAUACCUUCUGACAGGAAAAACACUCUACGGAAUGUCACUACACAUCACUACUAACAAAAUUCCUCUUCAUAAGAUCACUGAUAGCUUCUUUGACAAAACUAGAUUCUGCUAACGCCGAUUUCUAAUUCUUUAAAAUACAGUUUUCUUGGUUUGAUUGAAAUUGUAUCUUUUACCCAUUAAAAAUAAUGUCUAAAAUGUAUUCGUUAGUAACAAUAUUCCUCCAGAAAUCAUAAUUUCCUUUUAGUUUCCCCUUUUCUUAAAAUUUGCUUACCUGCUGGUUCGUAUUCGUAAUAGUCACAUGUUAACUGAUUGCUAGUGAAAUACUAAUGUUCUUGUCAUCCUUUGAUGGAAUUUGUGUGACCUCACUUUUUACUGAUGACCUGUGGGGGAACUGGCGUCGCUGACCCUCCUGUGUAUGGACAGUCAUGUCUGUACUGGCCAAACUCGAACUGUGGGGGAACUGGAGUCGCUGACCCUCCUGUGUACGGACAGUCACAUCUGUACUGGCCAAAUUCCAUGUAACUGAAGCACGCUCCUCCUCUAUACGAUGUCCCUGUCCUGAGGUAUCGCUGUAACUGAAGCAAGCUCCUCCUCUAUACGAUGUCCCUGUCCUGAGGUAUCGCUGUAACUGAAGCACGCCCCUCCUCCAUACAAUGUCCCUGUCCUGAGGUAUCGCUGUAACUGAAGCACGCCCCUCCUCCAUACAAUGUCCCUGUCCUGAGGUAUCGCUGUAACUGAAGCAAGCCCCUCUUCCAUACGAUGUCCCUGUCCUGAGGUAUCGCUGUAACUGAAGCACGCCCCUCCUCCAUACGAUGUCCCUGUCCUGAGGUAAACAGGCUGACUUACAGGACCCCUGGAGUACCUGAAUCCAAUAAAGGUCUGCCCAAUCGGCUGAUAGCUGAUCCAUGUUUCUCAUAAAACCAGUGUUAACAGUAGAAACUCGAUUUGAUUGAAACGCUGAGAUUUUUUCCGGGAUGCAUCUUUCUUCUUAACAGCUCUAGUCUCCGCUCUCCUCCCCAAAAAAAUUUUGCUUUCCUCAUCAGUCACUAGCAACUGGGUGACACUGGCAGACGGUUUUCCACCCGCCUUCUAACGUAUCUGUUAUACGAAUCAAUUUAUUCUGCAGUUUAGUUUUGUCAGAUACUUCAAGAAAAGCUCUCUAAAGCCUAUGUAGCCUGGGUCACACUGUUCAAAUUGUCACUGUUGAACUUAUAUUGAGUUUGUUAUCCUCAAAGCGCCAAUUAAAAUCAGAGUCAGUUGUUAGUUUCCUAACUUCACUUAAAACACUAGCUGUGGAGCCACGCGCCCACUUUAUUCCUUAAUGACGUUAGCUCAGCUUUCUGACUUUUAACUUCACUCAAAAGUUCAGCUAAUGUAUUAGAAAUGUCACCUUUAUCAUGAGAACUCCUGUCCUGGCCCUCGUCGUCCAUGCUGCUAACAAAAAAACAUGUACACUGUCAGAGGGACUAUCGCUGAAUGACCAAACAAUCACAUACCACGUACACAAGCAUGUGUACUACUCGACCACAACGCCACCUAUAAGAAAAUAUGACACUGAAGGAAAAAUGAUUAUCGGCUAAUUCUGUUCCAUGAAUCUCUGAUCAUUAUAUUUUAUAGCUUCUACUCCUAACUAAGGUAGUGUAAAAACAUAUGGACUUUUCAUACUGUGCUAUUGCUAGUAAUUCAUGGAAUAAUUAUUUAUUGGUGUCCACAAGAAAGGUGUCAUUUUUGUUUUGGUUGGAGAGGGAAUAGAGAGAAUCCUGAUUAAUCAAGAGCGAGUGUGUUUUGUAGAAUUUCCAGCCGUCACCAAGGAGACUGGAUCCAUCUCCUUGGUGAUUGAGAUUGGGAGAAUAUUAGCCAUUCCAGCCUCCAAGGUGUAAUAUCUUUUUUUUUACAGAUUAUGUCUGUAUGAACUAGUUCCACAGUGAUGUGAUACAUUCAUUGAACCUUAAUGUUUUGUGCAAUAUGAAAUAUUGUAAUACUUUUAUGAUUAUAAAACAUAUUAAAAAUGUGAUAAAGUAA